CCUGCUUGCUUGACCUCGGGUAUAUAAGGGACAUCCUCAGCCUGCAAGCACAGAUUGCUUCCUCAAUGCAGUCGACAUGAAUUUUCUGACGGUGCUCUGCCUAACGGCUGUCGCGGCCAGUUGCUCCGGCCAGGUGCCUACCUUGCCCGGCAUCUUCGGCGCCUUCCCCGGUCUCUACCACGGCCUGUUCUCCAAACACCCGAGCUUCCUUCGGUACGGCCACGCGCGGUCCUCGCCGGGCAUCUGGCAGACGUUCAUACAGUCUGCGCCGAAAGCGACUGUCGCCCAUCAUGCCGCCGUCUCUACGCCUAUCACUCUGCCAAACCAUAUGCCGGCUCAGGUCACACUCAAUCAUGUGCCGUCCUUACCUGUGUACUUCAACUCACUGGCAAACAACCAAGUUCUGCUUCAGUCGCCAGCCCAAACACCUGUUACGCUGAAGCUGGCUGUUCCCACGUCUGCCGGCGCUGCGGGCUAUGGACCCAUCGUGCUUCAAGCAACGUCUGACAGUCUCAAGGUCGGAGAUCACAAGGUUGUCCACAGCCUGGCACCUACACCUAUCAGUGUUGCACCUAUUGCACCUGUCGUUUAUAAGGCAGAAACACCUGACAAAGUCAAGGAUGAAGAUACACACACUGUCAGCUUCAGGACUUCCGUUCCUGCAACUUUUCAGGCCGUGGCUCCAGCGCCCACACCUGUCCAUAUCGAGGGUGCAGUCCCUAGCCCUAUUAUUCAAGCCGUACCUUCGGCACCUGCUCCUCUCACUGUAGCUGCGCCUGCCCCUCUCACUGUAGCAGCUGGCGCACCUGCUCCCCUCACCCUAGCUGCGCCUGCCCCUCUCACUGUAGCAGCUGGCGCACCUACCCCCCUUACUGUAGCAGCUGGCGCACCUGCCCCUCUCACUGUAGCAGCUCCUGCGCCUGCCCAGGUUAGUGUUGCAGCUGCGGCACCAGCUCCUCUCUCUGUAGCAGCUGCUGCGCCUGUCACCCUAAAUGCAGCGUCUGCAGUCCCAGUCCCCGGAGUGCAGUCCCAGUACCAUGCCCAGGACGAGCUCGGCCAGUACUCUUUUGGUUACUACAACAGCCAGUCCUCUCGCGCUGAGACCCGCGACGCGACCGGAACCGUGCGAGGCGCCUUCAGCUACGUGGACCCGAACGGUCAGGUCCAGACCCAGCAUUACGUGGCCGACUCGAACGGCUUCCGCGUGGCCGGCACCAACCUGCCCGUGGGACCCGGCACUCCUGUGGUCGGAAGGCACCCUCACCUCAACCCAGGCACACCCCUCGUAUAUAGUACCCUUCCAUACACCGCCGGCACAACCGCUGUCGGCAGCACACUGCAUGUGAGUCCCGGUUCCCCCCUGGUUUAUAGCAACCUCCCUCUGGCUUUUGGUCCUCCGAUCGUCAGGCAGGAGGACGUUGACGACGUUGAUGAUGUCGAGGAGUAGUCGGAGGUCGGGAUCUGGAUUUGACAGAGUGCAAUCGUAGGGUUAGGUACUAAUAUUGUGAUACGACUAGGGGACUUACCGUGCACUCAGUAAUCGCUGGCUUAAUGUAGUGUGGUCCGUCUGGAUGCUGUAGACAAACCCAAAGUGUGCUAUUUUAGCUGUGAUUUUUGAUGAAUAAAUAAGAAUAAAUACUUCCUCUUGC